UUGUCUCCACUCGCUUGCCGCUGUCGCCUCCCUCCGUUCGCCCGCAGCUGCGUGGGCAGUAGGCUGGAGGGAGCGGAGGUGGGAAAUGGUCGCUUGCCUCCUCGGGUUCGUGACGCAGCCAUUCACCUGAGAAAAAUGGCCCUGCAAAACCUCACCUGCCAUUACGAUGAGCCCAUGAGCUUUUUCUACAACAACAGCGGCGCGGAUGACAAAUGGGACAAGACCCAGCUCAUUCUGGUCCAAGUGGUGGGCUCGCUGUUUUGCUGCUUCAUCCUGCUCUCCAACGCCAUGGUCAUCGCAGCUGUCAUCACUAACAAGAGGUUCCACUACCCGUUCUACUAUCUGCUCUCCAACCUCGCUGCCUCGGACUUCCUGGCGGGCAUAGCGUACGUGUACCUCAUGUUCAACACGGGUGAGGUCUCGCGGAGACUGACAGUGAAAGGAUACUUUAUUCGCCAAGGUCUUCUGGACAUUAGCCUCUCUGCCUCGCUGGCCAACCUGCUUGUCAUCGCGCUUGAGCGUUACAUCUCCAUCAUGAACUUUAAAGUCCACAGCAACCUUACGAAGAGGAGGGUAACUCUGCUCAUCGUGCUGGUGUGGGGCAUCUCCAUCCUCAUGGGCGCCGUGCCCAGCCUAGGUUGGAACUGCAUCUGCAACCUGAGCGACUGUUCCCAACUCGCCCCCAUUUUCAGCAGGGGCUACCUGAUCUUCUGGUCCGUGUCUAACCUGGUCGUGUUCCUAGUAAUGGUGGCUAUUUACAUGAGGAUCUACACCUACGUCAAGAAGAAGACGUCGUUGCUCACGCCACACACCAGCGGCUCCAUUAACCGCAAGAGGACGCCCAUCAAGCUCAUCAAAACUGUCAUGGUGGUGCUCGGAGCCUUUGUGUUCUGCUGGACUCCCGGCCUGGUGGUUCUGCUGCUGGACGGUCUCAACUGCACCAGCUGCAAUGUCAUGAAACUAAAGCGCUGGCUUCUGCUCCUGGCUGUGAUGAACUCUGUCAUGAACCCGUGCAUUUACUCCUACAAGGACGAGGAAAUGUGGACCACCUUUAAGAACCUCAUGCGAUGCAUAGGCAACGGUACUCGACGGCAGCGCUCGACACGGGCCAACGCCCGGCCGCUAAGCUCCGCCCAGGACACGGGCAACAGCCAGCCUCCGUCCGAGGAGACGAAAAACGGCGAUCAGGAUAUCUUCCAGACCUGAUAGUGGGAUUUGUUCUGAACUUUGAAAAAUGUCUGUUCACUUGACGGUGAAAAUGCUUCAUGAAGAUAAUGCAGAGAUUGGCGUCAACAGGUCUUUAUCUUCAAAGAAAGUGCUGUUUGGAGAGAAGUACCAGCACAGGCCCGCCGCCUCAGUCAAAAGCUGCAGCUGUUUUUUGUGACACUGAGAAGAGCCCUGUUGGUGUACCAAUAUGAAUGCAACACUUGUUUUCACUUGUGUCGGAAUGUCAUCAUUUUGGAAACAAUCUCUCGAGGGAGAAUCCAUUCUUCCUCUUGUCGCUGUUAUUUGUGGCUGAAAAGAAACAGUAAGAACGACACCAUGGUCCAGUUUUUCUUUUACAUUCCCAAAAGUAAAUAAUAUGCCAAGGGUGAAGAUACUGUCUUGUUUGUUUUUAGUUGGGUAAUGUCAGAUAGCGGGAUAUCAUGAGGAGUAUAUACAUUUAAGGACUGUUUUCUUAACAAUACUGAAGUUCUGCAAACUAAAAUUUGUAUAUUCCAUACGGCAACUAAUGAGCAAUACUGUAAACAGAAGUAUGUAUGUACACUAUCUGGACACUACAUUAGGUACACUUACUCUACUGUAUGUAUGUUGAUGUGCAGUGCCGCACUGCAUCGUUGUGGUGACUGCAAACUUACAGACUCAUACUGUACAUUUUUUAAUUUAUUACCUUUGCCUGCGGGCCAAAGAUAAUAGUCACUCAUAAACUUACAGCUGCUGAUUGAGGCAAACUUGUUCUCCCUGUAGAAUUUCCCCACAUCCGCUGCAGCUCCUUUUAAUGGCUGCUGCUGGUUUGUUGAAACAAAGGCAAGAGGCUUGUUUAAAAAUAAAUAAAUAAAUACAUAAAAUGAAACAAACUGGAUCCCUGCAGGAGGUUUGUCACACAAUACAGUAGAUUACCUGCAGGAAGCAGCAAGGACGAUAUGACUGACGUAGACCACAUUGGCCCUUCCCAGACGCUAGUGCUAUAAAUAACUGAUAGGUUUGACAAAUACGCCUGCAGACAGCGACUAUGACAGUUCAACCUUCCUCAUGUAGGAUGGCCUCGCUAAAGCUAUUUCAUGUUUUUACUUGGAAGUGUCCACUUGUUUAUGUGUAGGGCAUCACAGAGUGGAUGAGUCUUUUUAGAGUUCUAUUGAAAAUUUUAGUUUUAUAAAAGACAAAUGUAAGAACACCCAUGACAAAUCUUGUAUUUUUUUUUCAUGGAUGUGUCAUUUGAUGUGAAGAAAAACCAGCAAGAAACAGUCAUGUUAAGGUCAUAAUUGCAGGCUUGCAUCACGAGCUGUAUAUAGAGGCUACAGCGAGUAUUUACAAUACCAGGUUUUUAUGUAAAAAAAAAAAUAAUCCAGCACAAGAAACCAUUUCAAAACCUACGAUGUGUCAGCAAGUUCCAGUACUUCACUGCAAACUAUGAGUUUUCCACUUUUGUGGGUCAACCAGCAUGUCUAUGAGGAGUUCCUGCAGCGUAUACUUUGAUUAGUGUGUGAGAAGAGGUGAGAGUUGUGGCAGGACAUCUUGUGGCUACGUCACCAUGACCUGAGCGUCUGACACUUCCUGGCUGAAAAGAACAGUGAAAUGCUGACGCAACCUUUCUAUUCACCUGACCUGGUUCAGUGUGACUUCACCGCCGUUUUGCCAAGCUCAAGGGUGUCAUCGCGGGGACCUGUUUUGAAGACAUGGACCACAUUAAGUUGGCCAUGAUGACUGAGCGGUGGAGGGUCCUGGAGGAAUCCUUCGAUGAGAGCAUAAAGGAGUGGCAGAAAAGGCGCAGCUAAUGCAUUAGACGCCAGGGGGAGUUAUUCAAAUACAAAUAAAAACUGGUAGUUUCAAUUUGAAAUGAACUACACCUUUUGUGAUGAAAGUCCUGGAACAUUUCUGACACACCGAGUGUACAACCUGUAUAAAAGUGAAACUAUGAGUUCCCUGAUGUUGUUUGACUUUGUAGUUGUAGUUUAAAAUCCUCAGGAGAUCACAGGGUAUGGUAAUCUAUCAAUUAUCUAUUAUAAUUAUAUUAAAUGUUUGUAUGAAAAACAUUUAGGCCAUAAAUAUAAAUCAGUCAAAUGGAUAAACACUAAAGAUGGCGGUAACUGAGCGUACCUUCUUGUGCCACAUGAUGACAUAUUCUGCUCAAACUAGUUUACUGCGUGCCUUUCGAAACCUCAAAAUGUCAUAACUACAGUAAAUAUUUGUCUUACAAAAAAACAUUGAGGCCAUAAAUAUAAAUCAUUCAGAUGAAAACCAGUUAAGUACGGCGGCGGCGGUAUUUGAGCACGAUCUGUGCUGUGUGACAACACAUUCUUGCUUGAGGGGACCAUCGUUUAAUGGUGGAAUCACAAAAAGAUAUGCAGUACAGUAAUACAGUUUAACCUUUAACACACCAAAACUCCCAGCAUUAAAAUCUGUUUCAAAUUGCUAUUGCACUACUAAACCACGAGACAAGACAAAACAAACACUAAACAGAAAUGUGUUGAGGUUCAGAAGUGAAACAGAUUCCCUUCCAUGUUCUCUUGCUAAAGCAAGACACUGAGCCAUCUUACGCUCAACAGCUGCCACUUGAAGAUGUAUUGGAGUGCUCAGUCAAUUUGGUGUGUGACCUUUCGCUUGCACUCUGCUAACUCAAGCUCUUAAGUGGGAGCAAAACGAGCUGCCUCCAAAUUGGAUGUCGGUUUAAACAAGUGCCCCAAAUCUGGAAACCUCUUCACUAAGUCAGCCAUAAAAGAAUGAAAACCACUUUGGUUUUAAUCCUCUAAACUGAACAUACAUCCUUGAGGAGCAGGGGAAAAGGGGUUUUGUACAGAAUACUUGUAAAAAGUCCGUUUUCAGUUCAGAGUUCGGACCUUGUUAAAGUUGAGUGGUUUCCAUUCAUAAGAUGCUGCAUGAGAAAAGUGAGGACUGUUCAGCAUCCAGCUGUCUGCUGCCACUCGCAUUUUUGCAAAGCCAGAAACAUGUCCACUACUUCAAAGUGUGCGGUGGUAGGCCUUUUUAUUGCCACUGUCCUGUAAUUAUGCAUUCUCUGGAGGGAAAAAACGAAAUUCCGCCCGUUUUCUGAAACAUCGUCUUUUCAUUUGCUUCUAAGCUCACGCAAAAUAGACAAAUAGGUCAAAAAUGCACAUUGUUAUAAAUAAACCUUUUUGUCAGUCAGAUGAGUGAUCAAAAAGAAUAAUUUCUGCGGAAAAAUAAUUCUUACGUUCAAGAUCAUACACAGGGAUCUGUUUUCGGAGACAGCACAUCUGUGGCAAGGUGCAAAUGGAAGCAUAUUCUGAUUUUCAUGCAAGUGCAGGGUUUGGCAGACCGGUCUGUACCAAGCUGGGCCUUCUGGUGCAGAAAGGGUGUGUCCUUGGCGAUGCGCCCAAUGGAGUGACAAUUUGGUGGCAGAAAGUCGGUCUAAACUUAGUUCUGCACUCAGACCACAUCUAACUGCAGGCGCAGGAUAAACUCGCUGGUCUAACGCGAUUUUGGGGAAUUUGAUCGGAGCAAAUCUUUUUCUGACAGAAUAAGUAAGGAAGCAAUCUUGUCUUUGUGUGUUUUUAUUACAAAAAAGAAAGAAGUCUUUGCAAAGAGAGGAAAAGGUACAAGUCUUAUGAGUUGUCACCCCUUACUGAAGCCCAGACAGAAAACCCCUUUGUUAUAUCGAAGUGAGAGAGACAGAGAAGGAAAGCAAAACAAUGAUCUUUGUCCAGCUGCUCUCAACCUAUGUUUAUCGAAAAACAGCUAGUAGUCACAAUAUGGCUAGGAACAAUUAGUACGCACAGCUAGUAGUCUCAAUGUAACAAUAAAGAAGGUUGUAUAAAACUAAUAGAAUAUUUGGUAUAUAUAAAACAUACAUUUUGCAACUCAAAAGAAACAGAGACACUGAGGUCUGCGCACAUCAGUAUUUAAAUCGCCAGCGGUUAUUACCCGCUCAUUCUGUAUUUAUUAAGGGUACACGCUCACAUUGGACCUCAUUCACUAAUAAAAGCAUAGAAAUAUUUUUAAUCUUACUCUGCACAAGUUGAGCGUGUAUGCAAAAUCACUGUCAGAUUAAUGACACGUGU